AUGGCGGGCUGGGUGCUGUGCAUGACCCUGGUGCUGGCGGCACUGGCGGGGGCGGCGGGCGAGACCCGCUACGAGAAGUUCCUGCGGCAGCACGUGGACAACCCGCGGACGUCCACGCUGGCGGCACAUCGCUACUGCGAGACCAUGCUGGCGCGGCGGCGCGUGACGGCGCCGGGCAGGCCCUGCAAGCCCUCCAACACCUUUGUGCACGCCCCGGCCGCCGAGCUGGUGGCCGCCUGCUCCCAGGCGCCCGACCCCGCCACGGGGUUCCACAGCACGCCGGGCGCCCUGAGCCUCACGGCCUGCCGCCUGCGCGGCGGGGACACGCGGCCGCCCUGCGCCUACCGCGCCCGCCAGGCGCAGCAGCACGUGCGCGUGGCCUGCCGCGACGGGCUGCCCGUGCACCUGGCGGGCACCUACACGGCGUGA